CCCCUUUUCUGAACAUCAAAUCUCAAAAGAAAAACUGCAACAGUCUAUAUUGAGGGGGGAAACUGUUACAAAUCGUUUUUAUCUAAAUAGCAGUGAUUUAAUCGCCGUUUUCAAUCGGAAGUUUAAGAGUGGAUCUCAUUUUCUGACAACUUUUUCCACAGGGAUGGAUGAGAUGCGGCCUAGCAGCGGAGCAGCAGCGCACCUCGGCCUCGCGUCGCUCUUUCCCCAGGGAUUGCAGGCUAUUUACGGGGAAUGCAGGCGCCUGUAUCCCGAUCAGGCGAACCCGCUGCAGGUCACAGCCAUUGUGAAGUAUUGGUUAGGGGGUCCAGAUCCUCUGGACUACAUUAGUAUGUACAGAAACGUGGGGUGUCCUGGCCAAGACAUACCAGAACAUUGGCACUACGUCAGCCUUGGCCUCAGUGACUUGUAUGGGGACAACAGAGUUCACGAGUUCACAGGUCAGGAGGGCCUCAGUGGUUUUGGUUUUGAGCUCACGUUUCGCUUAAAGAGAGAAACAGGAGAGACUGCUCCCCCCACCUGGCCGGCUGAACUAAUGCAAGGCUUGGCUCGAUACGUCUUUCAGUCUGAAAACACAUUCUGUAGCGGGGAUCACAUUUCAUGGCACAGCCCGUUGGACAACAGCGAGUCCAGAAUCCAGCAUAUGCUACUCACGGAGGACCCACAAAUGCAGCCAGUGCAGACCCCCUUUGGUCUUGUCAGCUUCCUUCAGAUUGUGGGGGUUUGUACAGAGGAGCUUCAAGCCGCACAGCAGUGGAACGGUCAAGGCAUUCUGGACCUGCUGAGAGGAGUGCACAUUGCUGGGGGUCCAUGGUUAAUCACUGACAUGAGAAGAGGGGAAACUAUAUUUGACAUCGAUCCACACUUACAACAGGAACGAGUGGAUAAGGGCAUCGAGACAGAUGGCUCUAACCUGAGCGGUGUCAGUGCCAAGUGCGUCUGGGAUGACUUGAGCCGCCCUCCCGAGGAUGAGGACGACAGCAGGAGCAUUUGCGUUGGGUCACAGCAGCGCAGGCUGUCUGAUAAAGACACUGAACAGAUUAGAGAAGCUCUGAGGAAAGGACUGGAGAUUAACAGCAAGUCUGUCUUGCCUCCCAUCAGCGGUCAGAGACACAGUCACGACCGGCCUCAACAAUCAGUUGGACAUUUGCAGACCCAGCAGAACUCAAGAAGUCGUAAGGACAGUCUGGAGAGUGAGAGCUCUGCUGCUAUUGUCCCUCACGAGCUAGUGCGAACACGACAGCUAGAAAGUGUGCACCUUAAGUUCAACCAGGAGUCUGGAACUCUACUCCCACUGUGCCUCAGAGGUCGGCUACUUCAUGGCAGACAUUUCACAUAUAAAAGCAUUAACGGAGAUACAGCAAUCACCUUUGUAUCAACUGGGGUCGAAGGAGCAUUUGCCACAGAAGAGCAUCCGUAUGCAGCACAUGGCCCAUGGCUACAGAUAUUACUUACUGAGGAAUUUGUAGAGCAAAUGCUAGCUGACAUCCAGGAUUUGAGCUCCUGUGAAUCUAAGCUGCCGAAGGAGUACAGCUGGCCCGACAAGAAGCUCAAGAUCUCUGUCCUGCCAGACACAGUGUUUGACAGCCCAUUGCAAUAAGACUGGGACCUUGCCAUCUCUGACUACAAACUCACAUCUCUAGAAAGGACUCCAGGGCUCGUCAAACCAUGUGCCUAUAGAAACAGAGGGAAAGCCUGAAGGAAACAUUCAGACACUUCCCCUCUUCCCAGAGAGCAUUGUUAGAUGGUGGGACAAGACCCAGAACAUUUUUUUUUUAAUCUAAAGCAUUAAGGUUUUGUCUUAUGUCCAUUGUACCACUUGUCUUUGAGUUGGUGAAUUCACAUUUAAGAAAUCUUUUCAAAGUCAUGGCAGGUUGAUAUCUUUUCUGGUCUCCGUCAUUUCAAGUUUCGAAAGGCAAAAAGGUCUUUAUCUUAAUAAUAUAGCAGCACGAAACAAUAUGCAAGCACUGGUGCCAUCAUUCACCACUGAAUGGACCGAAGUGUUUGAGAGAACAUUUGUUCUUCUGAAUCCUGCUUCUAAUGUGAAGGAAAGCACACAAAGGAAUAAGCCUUUGUGAAUCAUUUUUGUCUAAAAAUUGCUGUUACAUAGGUGCCUAUUUUAAGUUGAUGAUCAGUGGUAAGGGCUCUUUGUUUAAUUUGACAAAAAAUAGGUGGUCAGUCAGUUCACCUACACAAUGCCAAAGCAUGUACAGCACAUCUAAUGUAAAGAUGAGAAGUAGGAAACUUUUCCAUAAUAUUUGUUUUGUUUGAUUUCAUUUUCGUUAACCAUUUUAUAUGUAUUGGAUUGUCAUUUCCUUUAGACUUUACCAUUGCAUUCCAAGCCUCUUUGUAGGAAAGAAAACUAACUGGUUCCUGGAAGCAGUCUAUUUUCGCAGAAUGUGCAUUCGUUAUUUUUGGUACAUGUGCUCAAUAAUAUAGGUCAAUAUGUAAAAAAGAACAUUUAUUAGUGCUUUUUAAAAGAUGAAUUUAAUUAGUGAACUGGCAUUUUUUUUUAUAUAUAUAUUCUGGAGAAUCACUACACUGCCUGUGGUUUUGUUACUCUUAAGUGCAUUAAAGUUUUUACAUAA